CCCAUCGGGGACGUUUAAGGCCAGCCAAGGGGAUGAAGGCUGCGUCCACUGCCCGAUUAACAGCCGGACGACUUCGGAAGGGGCCACAAACUGUGUGUGCCGAAAUGGAUAUUACCGGGCAGAUGCCGAUCCUGUCGACAUGCCGUGCACCACCAUCCCGUCUGCCCCCCAGGCUGUCAUCUCCAGUGUGAACGAGACCUCUCUGAUGCUGGAGUGGACCCCGCCACGGGACUCGGGGGGGCGGGAGGACCUGGUGUACAACAUCAUCUGCAAGAGCUGCGGCUCCGGCCGCGGGGCCUGCACGCGCUGCGGGGAUAACGUGCAAUUCGCCCCCCGCCAGCUGGGACUGACGGAGCCCCGCAUCUACAUCAGCGAUCUGCUGGCCCACACCCAGUACACCUUUGAGAUCCAGGCCGUGAACGGCGUCACCGACCAGAGCCCCUUCUCCCCGCAGUUCGCAUCAGUCAACAUCACCACCAACCAGGCCGCUCCUUCAGCUGUGUCCAUCAUGCACCAGGUCAGCCGCACCGUGGACAGCAUUACCCUCUCAUGGUCCCAGCCUGACCAACCCAAUGGAGUCAUCCUGGAUUAUGAGCUGCAAUAUUAUGAGAAGGAUCUGACCGAGUUAAACUCGACAACAGUGAAGAGCCCCACCAACACUGUGGCAGUGCAAAACCUCAAAGCUGGCACCAUCUACGUCUUCCAGGUGCGGGCGCGUACUGUGGCCGGGUAUGGCCGGUAUAGUGGCAAGAUGUAUUUCCAGACCAUGACUGAAGCUGAGUACCAGACCAGUGUCCAGGAGAAGCUGCCGCUCAUCAUCGGCUCCUCGGCGGCAGGACUGGUGUUCCUCAUUGCUGUGGUUGUCAUCGUUAUUGUGUGCAACAGAAGACGGGGAUUCGAGCGUGCUGACUCUGAGUACACCGACAAGCUGCAGCACUAUACCAGUGGCCACAUGACUCCAGGGAUGAAGAUUUAUAUUGAUCCAUUCACCUAUGAAGAUCCCAAUGAGGCUGUCAGGGAAUUUGCAAAAGAAAUCGAUAUCUCUUGUGUCAAAAUCGAGCAGGUGAUUGGGGCAGGGGAGUUUGGUGAGGUGUGCAGUGGGCAUCUCAAGCUUCCUGGCAAAAGAGAGAUCUUUGUGGCCAUCAAGACCCUGAAGUCUGGUUACACGGAGAAGCAGAGACGGGACUUCUUGAGCGAAGCCAGCAUCAUGGGGCAGUUCGACCACCCCAACGUCAUCCACCUGGAGGGGGUGGUGACCAAGAGUUCACCAGUCAUGAUCAUUACUGAGUUCAUGGAGAAUGGCUCACUGGACUCCUUCUUGCGGCAAAACGAUGGGCAGUUCACAGUGAUCCAGCUGGUGGGCAUGUUGCGGGGCAUCGCAGCUGGCAUGAAGUACCUGGCUGAUAUGAACUAUGUGCACCGGGACCUGGCUGCCCGCAACAUCCUGGUGAACAGCAACCUGGUCUGCAAAGUGUCUGACUUCGGCCUCUCCCGCUUCCUGGAGGACGACACCUCUGAUCCCACCUACACCAGUGCACUGGGUGGGAAGAUCCCAAUACGGUGGACAGCACCUGAGGCAAUUCAGUACCGAAAAUUCACAUCAGCCAGUGAUGUGUGGAGCUACGGAAUAGUCAUGUGGGAGGUGAUGUCGUAUGGCGAGCGGCCUUACUGGGAUAUGACGAAUCAAGAUGUGAUAAAUGCUAUCGAGCAGGACUAUCGGCUGCCACCGCCUAUGGAUUGUCCAAAUGCUCUGCACCAGCUAAUGCUUGACUGUUGGCAGAAAGAUAGAAACCACAGACCCAAAUUUGGGCAAAUUGUCAACACCUUAGAUAAAAUGAUCCGAAAUCCUAACAGCCUGAAAGCCAUGGCACCUCUCUCGUCUGGGAUGAACCUCCCCCUACUUGACCGCACAAUCCCGGAUUAUACCAGCUUCAACACUGUGGACGAAUGGCUGGAUGCCAUCAAGAUGAGCCAGUACAAGGAGAGCUUUGCCAGUGCUGGCUUCACCACCUUCGAUGUAGUAUCUCAGAUGACUGUAGAGGACAUUCUGCGAGUCGGGGUCACUUUAGCAGGACACCAGAAGAAAAUUCUGAACAGUAUCCAGGUGAUGAGAGCACAGAUGAACCAAAUUCAGUCUGUGGAGGUUUGAUAGCUACGUGUCCUCCUCCUCCUCUUCCUUGAGACCCUGCUCCCCUUUGCCCCUGUAUGUCCGAGCUCCAGUUCUUAAGUGUUCUGCAUGGACCAGAGACAGGCAGCUGCUCUGAGGAUCAUGGCAACAGGAAGAAAUGCCCUGUCAUCAAUAACGAGAAGUCACCAAGAGCUUCUAGAAUUUAAGCAAUGGAAAAAGGGAA